AUGGUCACAGAUGUUAUUUUAGCAGAAAAUCCAUUGGCAAACAAGCUAUAUUGGAAGUGGAUUAAGAAGAUAAAGCUCAUCCCGAGAAUUGAGAAUUUCUGGUGGAGAAUCUAUCAUGGAGCUGUGCCAACCUUUGAGUUUCUUUUAAAAAGAAGAUUGACAUAUACUGAUAUAUAUCCUAGGGGAUGUAUAGAAACUGAAAACAUUAAUCAUUUAAUUGCCGCUUGUCCUAAACUGAGAAACAUUAUUCAUAUCAUCAAUGAAUGGGGAUUCAAUAUCCCGGCUUUUCAAUCAUUACAGGAUCGAUGUAGCUGGAUGGAAGGGAACGUUGGGAUUAAGUUGCUAGUUGCAAAAAUUUAUUGUAACAUUGUUUAUCUCAAUUGGAAAUCUAGAGGUAAAUAUGUUUAUGAUGGAAAAGAAGAUUCUAAUUCUUUUAUUGCAGCUCAAGCAAUUGCUCUAGCUUCAUUUGCUAGAAGAGUUUAUCCACAUUCGGGAAACUGGGGUGCUAACCAGCCGCAUAUGUUGUUUUUAAAUAAUUGGCACCCUCCUCCACCCGGUUGGCCAAAACUCAAUGUAGAUGUUUCAUUGUAUCAAUCAUAUGAAGCUACAGUUAGAAGGGUUUUCAAAGAUUGCAAGGGAGGAUUUCUUAUGGCUUUUGGUUUUAAAGGCUUACAUUGGGAUAUUUCUUGGUUAGAGUUAUUGGCGAUUCAAGCUUUGAAGAUUAUCUUGCAAGAAUGGAUGCUAGACUUUGAAGGAAAGCCUUCCACUGGUCCCAAGGAUUGA